GGGAUUCCCUCCCCCCCAGGAGCAGGGCCCUGCCCAGCUUGGUCCGUGGCAGGAGCUGACCUCUCAGACCAGCCCAGCCCAGCCCCAAACUGGAACUCCGGGGUGGGGGCAGAGGUCCCGUGGUCACGAUGCCCUGAGACCCCAGGGAUCCGCGGGAACCCCCCGCCCAUGGCGCUGAACCGCCUGAGGGUGGCUUUCUUCUCCGGAGACCAGAGGCGGAUUCCCAGGUGGUGCCCAUGGAGUCUGGCGCCGGGGAGGGAGGCGUGGCCCUGGCCAUCCCGCCACUGAGGCCCAGCGAGAAGUUCCACCUGUUCGUGAGCUACAGCAGCGUGGACGCCGCCUGGACCCACGGGCUCAUCAGCCGCCUGGAGGCGGACCUCGCGGGGCUGAAGGUCUGCCUGCACGAGCGGGACUUCACCCCGGGGAGGAACGUGCUGGAAAACAUGGCGGAGUGCAUCCAGCAGAGCCAGAAGGUGCUGCUGGUGCUGAGCCAGGACUUCGUGCAGAGCCGGUGGUGCCUCCUGGAGGCCGACCUGUCGCUCUUCGGCUCCUGCCUGGAGAGGAAGCCGGUCAUCCCGGUCCUGCUGAGGCCCUGCCAGGUCCCGCUGCACCUCAGCCACCUGACGUACCUGGAGGCGGCAGACGGCCGCUUCCACCGCAAAGUGGUGCAGCUCCUGCUCAUGCCCAACCACCGCCUGGCCCGCUCCCUGCCCGCCUGGCGCCCCGCCGCCUCCCUGUACAGCGGGAAGAGCCUCCUGACCCUGAACUGCGUCAACAGGGACAGUCUGCCCUCGUGGAAGGUGGGCACCUUCAGCACCCUGGGCGUCCCCGACCCCCUGAAGGAGGUGCUGGAGGACCCCGAGGUGUACAGGCGAGCCGUGGGCCUCCUCAACGGGGUGCGGUCCCCCGGGUCCUGCCUCCGCUACCUGGGCUGCAGGGUCACGCUGGCCGUCUUCCUGUUUCUCGUGGCCUUGGCCCUGCUCUCCCUGCCCCUGAUCUUGGGCCUCCUGGAAAACCCCCCAGCUCAGCGUUUCUUCCUCAUCUCUGCCAACAUAUUUUUCUGCCCCCUCUUCUUCGUGCUGGGAGUGAACACCCUGUGCUGGUUCAGGAGGUUCUCUAAGAAGACGAUGCAGGAACUGGUGCUCAGGGUGGGGGAGGCCAACCUCCUGCUGGCGCCCCACUCGCUGCUGAUGGGCUGCGACACCAUGAACAAGCUGCACUUCGUGUACGUGCUGCUGGGCGACUGCAGGCGGGUCUUCCUGGAGGCCGCGGAGGGCGAGGCCCUGUUCCGGGAGGCCCUGCUGCGCUUCUCCUGCAGCUACGCCUGCUGCGUGGCGCACGCGUACUUCCCCGCCUGCGACGAGGCGCACAGAGCCCGCGGCCACCUCGAGCUGGGCCUGUGCUUCUGCCAGUUCGUGUCCUUGCAGCUGCAGACGCGCCAGGGGCGUGAGGUUAACCCCGUGUGACGCCAGCGCCCUCCGUCGGACGUCUGGCCGCCCCUCGGCUGGCCCUGCGGACCAGGCCUCAAUGAGGUGCGUAGGGGACCCUCCCCUGUGGCCAAGACCUUCGCCCGCAGGCCCCACACCAGCCCGAGGACCCCGCAGCCUGCUCUGAAGGCAGAUAGGGGCUGGGGAGGGCGGCAGGCUGGCCUGCCUCUCUCUGGACGGCUCGUUGGCGUCCAGGGGCCGGGACAGAACCCGCUGGCUCGUUGUGGCCCCGCCCUGAGCAGCCCUUCCAGGCACCUGCCCCUCAGACUGGAGCAUG